CAUCUUCAUAUCUGAUUGAGGACUACAUAACAGCCGGAAGAAAGCGUUUCCAAAUUUGAUUGAGGCGCGUAAGAACCAUCUAAGCAUAACAACAUGGGUGUUUUAGGAAUCGCCAUGUCAACGGCAGCUUGCCAGGUGCUGGGUUUUGCUUGGUAUGGGCCUCUCUUUGGUUCGGUAUGGGUCAGAAAUUGUGGCCGAAGAAAGGAAGACAUUGACCGAUAUGGCAACAGUCGUUGGAUCAUGCUCGUUCCUGCUCUGUCCAAGAUAGGAUCAUCAAUCAUCAUUGGACAUGUGCUAAAGGACCAUCUGGGGGUGACGACUGUGCCUGAUGCCUGUAAGAAUGGUUUUGCCCUGUCAGUCAUCAUCGCACUUUACAGUGCAUGCCACUCCCCUUUCAUAGGGGAGGGGCUUCCAACAUACUUGGUCAAUGCUGGAUACGAUGCAGUUUGUACUGUGCUUACUGCCGUCCUGGUAACUCGUUAUUAAGCCGGGUUUUGAAACCAAUACGGGCCAGAGAAAAUGGUUAUGAUUGUGAUCUAGCUAGGCGGAUCCAGGGCAACUGCUAAAGAGUGCAUGGAGAGAAUUUCCUGUCAGUAAUUUUCAUUUUGUAUGCCUUAUUUUCGGCAAAACACUAAAAUCGAUGACAAUCUUCUUUCACCUACUGAUGAGAAAUGAAUUAAUUUGAAUUAAUUUGACGGCCGGUUUUUACCCCCUUCGGGAAAUUUAAAUAUCUGAGAAUACUUUUUUUGCUAAUAAAUAUUUUCAUUAGUUUUUUUUUCUUCUCCAUGCAUGGUUAUUAUGAAAUUUUGGUUAAACGUGUCGGCAAAUUGUGUCCGGCUCUUCUCUUUUCAAAAUAGUCAAUAGGAGACAAUAGGCCUACAAUCAUGUACUUUUCAGUUUAAUCAACUAAAAACUCAUAUUUCACUCAGAAUUGAUAAAUAAAUUAUUUAAAAAUACAA